CGGAGGCUGAACCGGCCAUCUGCCAUCCGACCACGUGAGCUGGUCGUCGCUUUGUGUUUGCAAGUUAGCAGCGAUACGAUGAAACAAAACGCCCGCUGACGGCGAGCAUCCAAGUACCUGCUCGACUCGCUGUGCGGUUUGUGCUUGUGUGUGUGUGAGCGGCCUGAGGGAGCAGGAGGACCCGGCCCCGGCUGCUGCUGUAACCCCGCGGAGACGCUCCCAGCUCGGGCAGGAAUGGCCGCCGCCUCGAUCCCCGCGUGCACCGGCGCUCUGCUGCUGGAUAUCGAGGGAACCACCACCCCGAUCACGUUUGUCAAGGACAUCCUGUUUCCCUACAUCAGGGAACACCUGGAGGAUCACCUGUCCUCCCACUGGGAAGAAGAUGAGUGCAAACAAGAUGUUCAUCUCCUGAAGAAACAGAUGGAAGAGGACAUGAAGCAGAACCGGGCGUGUCCUGUCCACGCCGUGGACCAGACGGUCCACACGGACGAGGAGAAGGCCAUCAGGGAAGUCGUAGAAAACGUGCUGUGGCAGAUGGCGGCGGACAGGAAGUCCACGGCACUCAAACAGCUGCAGGGUCACAUGUGGCGGGCGGCGUAUUCUUCUGGGAGAAUCAAAGGCGAGAUCUAUCCAGAUGUGAUUCCAUCCAUCAAAACGUGGCGGGAACGCAGCCUGAAAGUCUACAUUUACUCCUCAGGAAGCGUGGAGGCUCAAAAGCUCCUGUUCGGUUACUCUGUCGAAGGCGAUGUUUUAGAAUUAUUCGACGGCCACUUUGACACCACGAUAGGAGCUAAAGUGGAUUCCAAAAGCUACGAGCGGAUCGCAGAGAGGAUGGGCUGUCAGCCUGAAGAAAUAACCUUCCUGACAGACGUAACCAGAGAGGCCAAAGCGGCAGAAGAAGCCGGGAUGAAUGUUCUGGUGGUGGUCCGGCCUGGAAACAUGGAGCUGACGGAGGAGGAAAGCGCCCACUACAAGCUCAUUACGUCCUUUUGCCAACUUCAGCUGACUGGACGAGCUUAACGACUUCACUUAACCAUGACCUUUCUUUCCUUCUCGUCUUUGCACCCAACCCUUUUUACAACUCUGAUGUUUUCCGUUGUUCCACAUAAACAGCUGGGAGGUGCUGGGACUCUCGUACCUAAGACCUGGAUGCCUUCCAGGAUGUCACAGUGGGACAUCACCAUUCAAGAGGACUGACAUGCUGUAGAUAAAACGGUCACAGCCCUAAAAUUAAUGACAAGCCUGAAGGAAACUGCACAAGAACUGUUGAGGUCACUGUACCUUUUAACUCUUAGAUGAACUGUGUAUUUGCCACUUUACAAAUGUUCGUGUGUGAUUAAGCUGUGUUCGUUGCCAUUUUGUAAACAAUUCCUGCCUGUACACUUACAAAUGUGUUAGUUUGAUCUAGUUUGAGAAAGUAGAACCAUUGUAGAAGUCGUUUAGAUGUCUUAAUCCCCUCACGGGUGGACAGUGUCUGUUAGAAAUGUGCCAUCAGUGUUGCUCAUCUGUAAUGUUGACCGUUUAGAAAGGGGGCAAAAAACAACAAACAUUGCCAAAGUGGGCGAGUUUGUAUUAACAAUGAAGCAAACUUCUAAUAAAUGCCUUGUAUCACACGA